CGGCGCUUAUAAAGGGCCGGGGGAAGGCGGGAGCGGACGCAGUUUGAAUCGCGGCGGGUCGGGGCAGGUCGGCGCUGUCGCCCGGGCUCCGUACGUGGGGGACGCUUGUAAUUUUUUUUAAUUUUUUUUCCUUCUUUCAUCCUUUGCCCGGACCUGCGCGGCGCUGCGGCCCGGAUCGUCAUGGCUGGUGGUAAAGCUGGGAAGGACUCCGGAAAGACCAAGACCAAAGCGGUGUCCCGUUCUCAGCGGGCUGGAUUGCAGUUCCCUGUUGGCCGCAUCCACAGGCACCUGAAGUCUAGGACUACCAGCCAUGGGCGUGUAGGAGCCACAGCUGCUGUGUAUAGCGCUGCAAUCCUGGAGUACUUGACAGCUGAGGUUCUUGAGCUGGCAGGAAAUGCAUCCAAAGACUUGAAGGUGAAGCGUAUCACUCCCCGUCACUUGCAGCUUGCAAUUAGAGGAGAUGAAGAAUUGGACUCUCUCAUUAAGGCAACAAUUGCUGGUGGUGGUGUAAUACCGCAUAUCCACAAGUCUCUCAUUGGAAAGAAAGGACAACAGAAAACUGUCUAAAGGAUACCAGGAUUCCUUGUUAUCUCAGGACUCAAGUACUUAAUUGUCCAGUGUUGGUGAUUCCAGUGGACUGUAUCUGUGAAACACGAUUUUGCCUUUUUGUAACUUUGAGAAGCUAAAGCUCCCUUGAGCUUUCUAACAAACCAAAUUUCUGCAUUGAAGUCUUAACCGUAUUUAAGUGUUACCAUGGCUUCAAAGAAGCUAUUGUAUUUGUAGUGGGUUUUGAUUGAGCUGACUGUUUUUAGAUUGGUUUAAGUAAAGGAAGUGUUUGGGUUUGUACAGACUUUUCAUCCACUAGAGUGGAAAUAUUCAAUAAAUGUUAUAUGAAGACUGA